AUGUCCUCAGUGGCAAGCUCUGCAUCUUCGGUGCAGAGUGGCCGAUCAGGAGGGACGUCUCAUGUCCAUGGCCAUAGCUAUAGCCCUGACCAAAGCCGUGCCCAGCCAGACCUGGAUACGUUGGUGUCGCACCUUGCGGCUGCCAAGAGAUCCCUCUCCUCUAUCCACCAUGUCUGGAGAGCCAACGAGAUAGUCACUGCUGCCCGCGCGGCGCUGGAGGAAAGCGUCAUCGUCUCAGCCCGUACUGGCUUCCUACGUCGAGGCCUGGAUGAGCAGAUUCGUCUCCUCUUCAAGGUAAGGACUGAAGUAGAAGAAGUAGCCCACCGUGGCCGGGCCGAGUUUUCCGCUGCUAUCAAGGAGCUUGAUACAGUCGACAGAAGGUUGCAGCAGACUCUCGACAGUCUGCGCGAGAUCACUCUCGAGCCGGCUUUUCGUUCGCAGGAACAGCGGCAGGAGGAAGCUGAAAGAGGCGUGUCCAAAACACUACACGAUUUCAUCGAUGAACAUGCCGUAGACGACAUCCGGUCGCUACUCAAAGACGCCAUUGACAACCUCAGCGCAGCGCAGACGGAGCUCGACGUGUCCAAUCGAGCUUUUGAUAAUGAUCUUCAGUCCAUCCAGCAGGCCCUAGACAAGUACCGGCUUUCUGUCAAACGGGGCUCUGUCUCCUCUCUCAGCCUGUCCGCUUCUUCGUCUGCCUCCCGUGUCAAGAUGCCCACUCCGGCUGUGAUACCGGAAUUUCUUCACUCACUCGAGCUGAAUGCGCAGGAAAUGGCAGACCUGCUGGAAUCAUUGGUCCGCCACUUUGAUCUAUGCGUUACAGCUGUCAAGCAUACAGAGGGAGGCGGGGUACUCGCUCGUAACAUCACGGGAGACCUUCCCACUGAUGUCGGCGUCGGAAUCCGGGCCGGCGGGAACCCGCAAUCUAACACCAGCGAUGGCAACAACAUCAACAACGAUGAUGCUGGCAAUGCAAACCUACAGCUGGAGCCUCUUACCGACUCAGACUACCGUGAUAUGAUCAACGUCAUCGCUAAGGAUGCGGGCGAGGCAGAGGAUGUCGUGCUCGAAAUCCAAGACCGCAUAGCUGAGAUGGAAUCUAUCCUGGAAAGAGUGCUUGAACAGCGAGACUCGCUUAUCGCCGCCGGCGUAUCUACUACUGCUGUGUAUCGCCGGUUAGCAGAGUUUCAAUCAACCCGUCUACCAGGAUAUGUAGCACAAUCCCAUAAAUUCGAGCAGACAUGGAAAACAGAACAUGAACGCAUGGAGUCAGGCGUGGCCGACCUGAACGACCUGCGAGGCCUGUACAUGGGCUUCCUAGACGCAUACGAUGGUCUCAUUCUCGAAGUUGCGAGACGGAUGAGUGUUAAAAGGGCUGCCGAAGAUAUUCUACACGAUGCUCGGGCGAGGUUAGAUGCAUUGUAUGAAGAAGAUGUUCGAGCACGAGAGGCCUUUAGGAUAGAUCAGGGUGAUUACCUUCCUUCAGAUAUCUGGCCGGGCCUAAGCAUGCCGCCCAGCAGAGUUGUAUUUCGGAGGAUUCGUGAGGAUGAUGACACUGCUCAAGAGAACAAGGAUGAGACGACGUCAGGAGCAAAACCGGACGAUGUCGAGCAGCAGCAUCCCGAAGGUGAUGUCCAGCCUACAACCAAACUGGACAGUAGUAGUAAGGGGGAUUUUGGCGAGAGUAUCCCUGACCUGCCCAAGCACGUCAUAGAGCAAGCAUUUGCCCGUCUCAAUGCCAGGGGCACACGGCUUCCUCCAUAG